ACAAAAAAAGAAAGAAAGUAUACUUAAAAAUAAUGUUCAAAAAAAAAGUAUACUUAAAAAUAUAUAGUCAGUUCUAUACAAAAUUUCUAUUAAUUUAUUGUAUUUUUGACAUACUGACCACCUUAAAAUGAUAAAACUGAUGAGAGUACAAAUACAAAUAUAAAAUAGCGAAUUUUCUAUUAUCUGAUAUUUAUGCAUAUAAUAUAUGUUAAUUUUGUAUAUUUUCCAUAGAAGAGGAAAGGAAAAUUCCAAUAAACUAAUAUUAUGAUGAGAGGUUUGACUUUAUUAGGAACGUCAAAUUUAAUGAACCUCUCUUCUUCCUUGAACGCAAAGGAAGUUUCUGAGUUGGAAAACGCUGUCUCCAAUUCAUAGGUUCUCUAUCUCUAUACCUAUAUAUAUGUGUUAACACAAUAUUAUUUCCUAUAUUAUCUUUGAUGGUCAUAUGAUCGUUAAUUAAUCUCCAUGGCCACGAGUAGAGUCUCCCACGUCAUAGGGCUUCUUCUAUGUAUCUCUCUUCUUCUCCUGUUGGUCUCUGAAGGUUUCUUUGUUAGGCUCAACUCCAUGUCCUCCAUAAAGCCUUUUCCAUCUCCGGUUAUUAGCUCGCUGCGACCAGGAAGAAGAGCUUUUGUGGUAAGUAAGUUUGACUUCACACCGUUCAUGAAGGACCUUCGCCGAAAAGAUCAUCAAGAUGUUUCACAGCUGGGAGGAUCCGAGAUCGACCCAAGAUAUGGAGUUGAGAAACGGCUCGUCCCAUCUGGUCCAAACCCCUUGCACCACUGAUUGUCUUCUUAUAUAUAUUUUACUUAAAUUUUCUUAAUUAAUUUGUUUCUUUCGAAUUGAUAUAAACACUAAAAAGGAUAUACUGCACAUAAUUUAAUCCAUAAAAAGCUGCUAAUAUUUCUUUGGGGAGCAUAUGUAUUGAAUUAUUUAUUCUUCUUUGUCAUGUGAAGUAUUUGUUUUAACUUUCGUUGUAAAAGAUGAUAUUUAGUUUUUUUAGUCUUAACUUUUUAUUGCAUUUGUGAUUAGGUUGUACUAAUAAAACAUACUAUCAUUAUCAUAGUUUAGAUCAAAACGAGCAUGUACACGUUUGUAUAAAAUAAAUGUCUAUACUAGUAUGUACACAUUUAUUAUCGCUAUUAAUACUAGUUAGUAGUUAGAACCAAUAGACAACUAUUAUGCUUUCGAUAAGAGGAGUGCCUGAAUAUCCAGUAAAUUAAUAAAUGCAGUUAACUAACGGGGAAAUAAAUUAGCCUCGUUGAGAAGAAUAUGGAGAUCGAUACUUAAGACCACGUGAAGCAUUGACUUCAAUUGGUUACGGACUCACCGUUUCCAGAUUUUCUGUAAAGUUGUCUCGUUCUAGUCCAAGGAAGGUAGACAAGGAGUAAAUGCGCUCAUUUACUACUCAUUUGGCAAAAUUAGUGUUGUUAUUUGGUCUGG